AUGUCUGCCAUCUUUAACUUUCAGUCAUUAUUGCUGGUGAUAUUACUUUUGAUUUGCACAUGCACCUAUGUUCGAGCCCAAGCACCUUCCUUGUUAGAUAGAAAAAAGACUGGCGUGCUUGGAUUAUUCUGGAAAGCAGCAAGAGUGGGAGAGAGAUUAAGUCCAUACGUAUCACUUGCUUGUAUCAUUAUGGGAAUUACAUUAAUGAGUUCUUAA